AUGUAUUGGCCAUCAUUAAAAGUUUUAAACUUGGAUAACAAUAAUUUCACUGGUGAAAUUCCAAGCUCUUUUGGAUCUUUACAUAAUUUAAUCUCAUUGCAUUUGCACAAUAAUAGCUUGAUUGGAGAAAUACCAAAGUCUCUGAUGAAUUGUUCAACUUUAAUUGGUCUUAAUCUUGGUCUAAAUAAGUUGGUGGGAUCUAUACCAAGAUGGAUUGGCUGUCUUCCACAUUUGAGCUUUCUUGUCAUCCCUUCAAACAAUUUGAGAGGCCUUAUUCCAGUUGACCUUUGUAAACUUUCUACACUUCAAGUAUUGGAUGCUAGUAAUAACAACUUCACAGGAAUCAUACCCAAAUGCUUCAAAAAUUUAACGGCUAUGACCUCUACUCUAGAAAGAAAAUAUGACUCCAUUUACAUUAAAUUGGAGAAUGAAGUUUCUAGAGAGGAUGCAAAUCUUGUUAUUAAAGGAAGGGAAAACGAGUACGACACUAUCUUAUAUCUCUCAAGUACCUUAGACCUUUCAGAGAACAGAUUAUCAGGUGAAAUUCCAGAAGAACUUACAUGCCUCGUCGCAUUACAAUCAUUGAAUUUGUCCGGAAACUAUUUGAGUGGGAGCAUACCAAAAACGAUUGGUAAUAUGACAAAGUUGGAAUCUCUUGAUCUCUCGAGGAAUCAAUUGUCCGCUCACAUUCCUUCAAGUUUGUCAAGUUUAACAUUCUUGAGUUAUGUCAACUUAUCAUGUAACUACUUGUCAGGACAAAUUCCAACAAGCACCCAACUUCAAAGCAUGAAUGCUUCUAGCUUUAUGGGCAACAAAUUGUGUGGACCACCGCUCCUAAAGUGUGUUGAAGAUCGCGACACAACACAUUCAGAUGCAAGUAACGGAGAUGGAGAAAGGGGAGAUGAUGAAUAUUGGCUCCGAUUAGGCAUAGAAAUGGGAUUUGGAGUGAACUUUGUAGGUGUCAUUGGUCCGUUGCUGGUUUGCGGAUUUUGGAGGCGUGCUUACUUUUGGUUUUUCGAAGAGUAUUUGUGGUACAAGCUUGUGGAUUUCUUUAUCAAAGUAAAGUAUAGUUUUUGA